AUGGAGGCAUUAGCACAGGUGCUUUCAUGUUCGGUGUGCUUAGAGUUGUUCACUCCCCCCGUGCUGGUCCUAUCCUGUGCUCACAAUUUCUGCAAGAAGUGCCUGGAGAAGAUCCUCAUCAGCCAGAACUGUAGCCAUGUCAAUGGACAGUUCUCCUGCCCAAUGUGCAGAAAAGUAAGUUAGAGAGAGCUUUGUUUUGCCUUCUGCAAUCUGCUUACAGAUUGCCCUCUCCGAUAGUACGAGUGGGUUUCCAACUGCCCACAUUCACGCUACAAGAUAACGGCGAAAUAGUAAAGCAGAAGCCGGCAGUCAGAAGUAUAGCAACUGGGCAGACAUAUAGAGCAGUAGCACUAUCGCAAGAAACAUACAGCCUCUGCAGAUAGCGACAUUCCUCAUGUAGCAGUUCUAGAGCUGCAGUAUAAACUCGGUGCAAGCUCACAGGGAUCUGUAUGACUUUUUCAUUCCUAAUGGGUUGUGUUCAGUGUUCAGUGCAGUGUGCCUGUGUGCAGUGCUCAGACAAGGGGGAUUCCAUGCGCCUCUCCACCUCACUUCAGCCCCCUGCAUGACCUGUGGGAGCAGGAAUUGGAGAAUAUUGGGCAUGAAGAAGCUUUUUGUGGUAACAGCAAGAGCCACUGUAGGGAGCAGGGGACAGGGGACCCCCCUUGGGCAUAUGCUGCAGUGGAUACAACCCAACAUUUACAAAUUGCAUGUACAAAAUAUAUAACCACAGGCAAGAAAGGACCAAAAAUUGAAUCACAUUUAUCUCCCCACUUUGCAUGCCCAACAAGCUUGUUUUAACUAUAGUGGUACCUCUGAUUAAGAACUUAAUUUGUUCCAGAGGUCCGUUCUUAACCUGAAACUGUUCUUAACCUGAGGCACCACUUUAGCUAAUGGGGCCUCCAACUGCUGCCACGCGAUUUCUGUUCUCAUCCUGAGGUAAAGUUCUUAACCCGAGGUACUACUUUCAGGUUAGUGGAGUCUGUAACCCGAACUGUUUGUAACCUGAGGUGUUUGUAACCCGAGGUACCACUGUAAUACAUACGCCAAUGGCCACAUUUUAACAUUACAUUAUAAAAAUCUAUCAUUCAAAUAGUCUAUUUGAAAAUGACCACAUUUCAUGACAAACUGGAAUUGCCCUUAAUUGGCCCAGUUGAGAGUGUGUCAUUACUCCCUACCUUGUUCCCUAUCAUGGCAUAAAAUAUUUUGUGUAGCCGCUCCUGUAAAGAUGGAACUUCACUUGGUUUUCCUGUGUUUUGCAAUUUCUAUUAUUGCUCCCACUAUCAUGUAGAUCAGGAGUUUAUCUCUAUUACCUUUAAAUUGACAUCUCCAAUCAUUUAUAAGGAACAUUUUAGCUCACAAGAAUUGGCAACCCAGAAGGAAACACAUACAGUAGUACUAAAAAGAAACUGAUAUGCAUACCGCAUAGUUGCAGCAUUUAAUUUACCUUCACAUUAUGUUGAUCGAUAGAAAAUCCGGGUACAGAACAAUUACGUCAUUUCCCCACAUUAAACCUUCGAAGCAAAAUGUUACAGGAUGCGUUUGAUGAUUUCAUCUCACUUUCAGAUCAUACCCUUGAGAGGGAGAGGAAUCAUUGGCUUGCCAAGAAAUAUUCUGGUGGAGAGUAUUUUGGAAAAAUAUAAGUAUGAGCUUGAAAAUGUGCAUGCCAAAGAACAAGACCAAUUGUCCCAGAUAUGUGAAGAACAUGGAGAGCGUAUGAAUUUGGUAUAACUCCACCACUCCUUUUUUUCUAUUCCUUAAUGAAACUAACUUAACUGCAGUGCUUUACUUUAUUUUCAGUUGUUAAUUUGGAAUAUGUAUAAACUGCUAAACAUUGCAAAAUACCACACCAGUAUAUAACAAUAGCAACACAUCAGAUGAAAAGAGAAAAGCAAUUCUCUAAAGAGAAAUCUGAGGCUGGCUGAUUAAAAGGCACAUUUACUUCAGGGCAAACUCAAGACAUUCUGCUGCCUGAGGCAAAAGACAUUAUGGCGCCUUACAAUUUUACAGAAGAGAAGCUGACUGUCGGGGCACAGCUGGGCCUGUCAGCAUUGUCCCCCAGCUUCUGCUGCCUGAGACAGUCACCACACUCUAAUAGUGGGGCUCAGCCCUGAUUAACUGCCCUGAUUAAGUGAGGGCUCUCCCCCUGCCCCUUCCAAUAUGAUGGAAAUUUAUAUGAUCCUCUAGAUUGGGUAAGAGUAAGACACUAUGCAAAACGUGUCAGGCUGGGGAAAGUGUUCUCUGCUGAACAUCAUCCAGGCACCAAGGAAUUGCUUCAGUUCUGGUCUAUUGCAUUUAUGCAGCUAACAUAGCCACCGCUUUUUCAAGUUAUGUCUUGAAGUUAUGCAAGCAUUGUGCCAUGUUGCACCUGUUGGGUACUCCUUGUGACACCACAGCUCCUCCUGACUGUGCCCACACACAGUUUGGUGACCUUUUAAAAAGGUGUCCUUGUUCCUUUAGAGGUCAAAUGCCUUUGUCGCACCCAGGUACAAGACCAGAUCCUAAUCAACACAUUUAAUGGAAAAAAAGGGGAAAGCAGCAAGCACCAGCGUUAUCUGCAUCCCCUUCCCUCACAGCAAGUCACCUCAUUUAACAAUUGAUUUGAGGAAAAAAAGAAGAGAGGGUUGUAUUCAGCUAAGCCAUAAUCAGAGUAGACCCAAUGAAAUCAAUGGACCUGGCAAAUUUAAAUCCCUUUAUUUCAACGGGUCUUUUCUCAAUAUGACUUGGUUGGAGACAGCUCUUUAUUUGAACUAUAUGUGCUUCCAUGUUCAAACAUGGAAGGUCAUUUGUGCUUUAAAAAUAAUAAUAGGUAUCUUCCUGCAGCAAGAUUACAGGAUAUAAUUCAGUGAAUACUAGACUGGUGCAAGAGUAAAUGAAAAUAAAAUAUGAGUCUUUUUAAUUUUAACAACAGAAACAAAAGAAAGCUCCAUUAAGUUCAAUAGGACUUAUUCCCAGGUUAGUAUAAGGAUUGCAGCCUAAGAUACAGUUAGCUGACAGCUCUGAGGCAAUGUCUUUUUUAGAUGCUUAAAAAGUGGUGUACAUUUUUUGCUGUGCUGGACAAUGACAUGACAUAUGUUGCCCAUUCUCAUCCAGGUAUGCCUGACUGAUGAUAAGCCGAUAUGCGCCAUCUGCAAACUCUUUGGAGAGCAUGAGUCCCACAAUGUAGCAAAACUGUCUGAAGUUUACUCAGAGAGGAAAAAGAGAUUGAUCAAAGAUUUAGAUUGGGUAAACCAACAAUCUGAACAUGCUGAACAAGCUAAGAAGGUGCAGUAAAAGAAGCUUGAUAUAUAUUUUUUUAAAUCUCACCAUUAACAAAAACAAUUUUUAAUUUUCAUGCUUAGUGGGGUUUUUUCUUUACAUUUCCAACAAGGCAAUAAUUUGAUAGUCUUUCUGGUUUGGCCCUGACUUAUAGGACUUUCAGUGUUAGCUACAGCUAGUAUGCUAUUUGUUCUUUUCCAAAAGGUCACACUUUUAACGUCUCUGAAUGGAUACUCAUCACAGAUACCAGGUUAACAAGUUAAUUUUAGUGUGCUGGGUAAAAUUGCCCUAUUUAUAAGAACAGAUUUUAAUCUGUUCAUAAGAGAGAGGUUACCUUCAAAGACAUCACAUGUAGUAGUCUAUCCAGAGUAUAGGUAAAUGUGGCCAGGAUUUCUCUAAGGCCACAAGUAGGUUAUUGGCCUAGGUUGAUGGAAAGCCAUGGCUGCCACCUGGCCAUUUAGAGCAAUGACCAGAACUAACACCACCCCUGUGAAUUUGAUCCUAAUUGGGGUUGGGUGUGUUGUCAUAUCCACAUAGUGCUCCUUUUGUGUCUGGACUGAGAUUCACUUGUAGCCCUCACCCAGUCCAGUGCUGACCUAUUUUCGGAACUCCCAGUGCCGCAUCCAUGUCCACUGAAAACUGGCCAUUGAAAGAACUUGGCAACACCAUUUAGUGCCCGAGCUUGCUAGUUUUUGUCUCCCCUCUCCAACCUCUCUGUGUCAUGUCUUUUUAGUCUGUAGGCCUGGGGGCAGAGACCGUGCUAUUCUGUUUUUCAAAAUUGAUUAGCAAUCUGGAAACUUUUCCAGCUGAAGAGUGAGGGAAACAUCUUUUGAAUGAAAGAAUGAAUGGAAUUGACUACAACUCUUCAGAUUAGUUAGGAGAGGAGGAACUGGUGAAACUGGAUGUAGAAGAAACUGGGUGUCUUGUUUGUGAAACUACGAACAAUAUGAUUACAUGACCAUAUUGUUCUAGCACUAGGGGCAAUGUACAUUACCACAUUUGUGGUUUACUUUGGGCCAGAAAAGUGAUGUUACCCCCCCCUUCAGAUAUAGUGUCAUAGCGCCUUCAUUAAAAGCCAUUUGGAGUUUUGUUAUGGCAAAAUAUCAACCCAUGAGAAAGGUAAUUGCUUUGCUGCUGCCCCCUUACCUCAGACCACCCCAUGGGAGAGAAGCAAAACAGCAGUAUCUGCAAAGCUAGGAGGCUCGAAGCAAAAACCAAACCAAACUGGCAAGGCAGCAAUGUCACUGCCAGGCAACACCUUGGGGACAUAGAAGUCAACUCAUUGAGUGUUACAAGGGAAGGGGAUAAAUAAAAGCUCUGGGACACUUGGACAGCUGUCAGGAAACACAAGCCAAGUCCCUUUCUGGAUUUUCUUGGGACUGGAUAUGAAUAGGGAUUGGUGGGUGAGGCAUACAUCUCACUGGCCCAGCCCUGCGAGUCCAGGGAUUCUUCCUCGAAGGCAGCAAAACACACUUCUUCUCUUCAUCUUCUCUGACUAUUCUGGUCUUUGAGUUAGAGGACAAUAACAGCGGCAUAAAGUUAAGAUUUCUCAAAUAUUGGCAACUUUUCUUUCUCCUUUUGUGAAGAUGUUAUACAUUUUCUGCCACCGUAUGCCAUUCCCAUAUAUAUGGGCAACCACAUAGGCAGACUGCACAAAGUCACAGUUGACUGUAGGUGGCUAGAGAGUACAAUUUCUCAGCUAACUCGUGAUUGUUUUGUUAAAGAACAGCAUGCUGCCUUUUCUUUUUUAUUUUUUUUAUUCAAAGUUAUAACAAAACAUAUUUUCCAAAAACAUAUCCUUAUUCCCCCCCAUUUUUCCUCCCCCCACAACCCCCCCCCCACGUCACCCCCCAACUUCCCUCAGUUCCAGUCUUUGGUUUCUCCAAUAAUGCUAUUUUCUGCAUGUUACAGAGUUGUAUAGAUCCUCCAACUGUUUAGCUAAUUAUUAUCAGUAAAAAAUUGUGGAUGUUUAUUCAAAACCUGCCAAGGAGUCCAGUUCACUUUGUUGCGUCUUCAAAUACUUUGUGAAAGGUUCCCAUUCAUCCUUAAAGUCACAGUUAUCCUUGUCCCGUAGCUUAUAUGUCAAUUUUGCCAGUUCUGCAUAAUCCAUCAAUUUUUCUUGCCAUGAUUCUUUAGUUGGGAUUUCUUCUGUCUUCCAUCCUUGUGCUACCAGAACUCUCACGGCUGUUGUCGCAUACAUGAAGAUGUUUUUCAACUUUUUUGGCAGGUCUUUCCCUACAAUCCCCAACAAAAAUGCCUCGGGUUUUUAAACAAAUGUUAAAUGGAACAUUUUCUUCAGUUCAUUGUAUAUCAUUUCCCAAAAUUUUUUAAUUACUUUACAAUCCCACCACAUAUGAUAAAAUGUUCCUUCCUUUUCCUUACACUUCCAACAUAUGUUUGAGCUAGUUUUGUACAUUUUCCCUAGCUGCACUGGUGUUGUAUACCAUCUGUACAUAAUCUUCAUGUAGUUCUCCUUCAGUAGUGAACAAUCUGUAAAUUUUAAGUCAGUUUUCCAUAAUUUAACCCAAUCCUCCAUCAUAAUAUUGUGACCUACAUCUUGUGCCCAUUUAAUCAUAACUGAUUUUACCUCUUCAUCUUUCAUCUCCCAUUCUAAUAGUAUGCUAUAUGCGGCCUUCAAUAAUUUCACUUUCCCUUCAAUCACUUCCGUUUGAAACCUAGAUCUAGUAUAACUAAAUCCUUUCUUACAGUCUUCUUUAUAUGUUUCAUGUAAUUGUCGAUAAUGCAACCAACUCUGAAAGUGGUCUUUGAUCUCAUCAUAAUCUCUUAAUUUCCAUUUCCCAUCAUGUUCCUUUAAUAAAUCAGCAUAUGUGAGCCAUUUUCCUUUCUUUCCAAGUGGUUUGAGCAGUAAUGCUUCAUGUGGUGAAAGCCACCACGGAGUCUUUUGUUCCAAUAAGUCUUUAUAUCUCUCCCAUACUCUCAUUAAUGAUUUCCUGGUUAUAUGGUUGUAAAAGCUUCUAUUAAUCUUCCCUUUCCUGUACCAUAAGUAUGCAUGCCAACCAAAUCUGUUGUCAUGUCCUUCUAGUUCUAGUGCCUCUUGCUUGUCCAAUCUCAUCCAGUCCCUGAUCCAUACCAAACAAGCAGAUUCGUAAUACAAUUUAAGGUCUGGGAGGGCAAACCCGCCUCUAUCUUUUACAUCUGUAAGUAUUUUAUGUUUUAUCCUUGGCCUUUUGCCCCCCCAGAUAAAUCUUAAAAUCUCUUUCUGCCAUUGUUUAAAGCAUUCAUCUUUCAGGAUGACUGGUAUUGAUUGAAAAAGAAAUAGCAUUUUAGGCAACACAUUCAUUUUAAUCGCUGAUAUUUUUCCUAACAUUGAGAGAUUCAUUCUGCUCCAUAUUUCUAAAUUUCUUUUUACCUCAAGCCAAUUUUUUUCAUAGUUAUUUUUAAAUAGGUUUAUAUUUCUUGAUGUUAACCAAAUCCCUAAAUAUUUAACCUUUUUGUGGACUUCAGUAGCAGAAUUUGAGUGCACAGUCUUUUAGAGACUCAUAGAUGCCUCCAGAAAAGAUUAUGCUAUUAUAUCCUCGAUAGAAGCCAUAGGGUUUUCUUUGCAAUGUAUCUGGGGAUUACCAUUUACCAAUAAUUGCUUUGAAUAAUGAAGCUGAAGUAGUUUUUAAAAUGUUUAAAUUGUACUUUCUGGGCAUUACUAAGAAAUUCUAUAUCAUACUUCAACAGGAAAUUGAAAUGCUGAUCAAUGAACUUACGGAUACUGCUGCUGAAGUCAAGGUUGUUAUCGAUGCCACUGGAGCAGGCUUACUGAAAGGGAUCCGGCGGAGAAUGACUGAACUCAAAGCAAUAUUAGGCAAAGAGUAUUCUGUGAAAGUAGAAAACCUUCAGCAGCUGGCAAAUGAGCUUGAAGUCCCAAGAAACCUUUAUCGAGAAAUGAAAACUCUCUUGGAACAGCAUUCCAAUUCAGUGCAUUUUCUCCAAGAGGAUAAAAUACUCAGAAGCAAGAUAGAGAAACUUGCAAAAGGAAAUUCCUUAUACCCAAACAAAAAAGAUUAUCAUAUUUCCGUUGGGCAAUAUUUUAAAGAUUUGAUCAAAGCCACCCAUAUCAACAACUAUGUCUCCUCUAAUUCCGAUGAAACACCUACAAGGUCAGAUGAGCUCCCUGAUGUGUUCAGGCCAGAAUGUCCCACAUUUUCUUUUUCUGAUGAAAUGUCUAAUGAGUCCUUCUACGAAAAAUUAAUGGAUUUUUUCCAAAAAGCAAACGAAACAAAGCAAGAUCUUAAUCAAAAUGCCUCCCAUAGGGAUAACAAUAGUACACCAAAUAGGAAUGACAUCUAA